AUGCUGCGCGCUCCGCUGUGUGUGGCCUACAACUUGCUGCAAAACGCAGCUAGGCAAACCCAGCUCUGUUGCUGUGUCGCCGGCUCGGCACUCCCUCCGGACGACGAAGUACCUUGCAUGGUCAACAUGUGCUUCAUCAACUGCUUCCCCCAGCUUGGCAUCUGCGCCAGCCUCGGGAGCAUGAAGAAGGGUAACCUCCCUGACGAAGUAUCUGGCUCAAGGCAGGAUUCCGGUCGCUCCGCAUCACCCUACGACUUCGCAGACAUGGCCGCACCAAGGCAGGUUCAGAUGGAUUCCAUCGACGAGAGCAAGGUGAUCGUGCACCACGCUUGCUGCUGCUGCUAUGACGGCUGCGUGCCAGAGUGCAACAACAUCGGCUGCGCUGCGCAAGAGACGCAGGAUUCCGGUCGCUCCGCAUCACCCUACGACUUCGCAGACAUGGCCGCGCCAAGGCAGGUUCAGAUGGAUUCCAUCGACGAGAGCAAGGUGAUCGUGCACCACGCUUGCUGCUGCUGCUAUGACGGCUGCGUGCCAGAGUGCAACAACAUCGGCUGCGCUGCGCAAGAGACGCAGGAUUCCGGUCGCUCCGCAUCACCCUACGACUUCGCAGACAUGGCCGCACCAAGGCAGGUUCAGAUGGAUUCCAUCGACGAGAGCAAGGUGAUCGUGCACCACGCUUGCUGCUGCUGCUACGACGGCUGCGUGCCAGAGUGCAACAACAUCGGCUGCGCUGCGCAAGAGACGUUCUUGUGCUGUGAGGCUGACAUUUGCUUUAAGACCGGCUCGCCUUGCUUGUGCUGCGGAUGCUGCGCGCUCCGCUGUGUGUGGCCUACAACUUGCUGCAAAACGCAAACCCAGCUUUGUUGCUGUGUGGCCGGCUCGGCACUCCCUCCGGACGACGAAGUACCUUGCAUGGUCAACAUGUGCUUCAUCAACUGCUUCCCCCAGCUUGGCAUCUGCGCCAGCCUCGGGAGCAUGAAGAAGGGUGCCUCUAUGCAGUUCGAGUCUGAGGGUUCGUACGCCUGA